CACAGGAUACCUGGGGUCCCCAUGGACACAGGGCACCUGGGGCAGAGCCUCCGUGAGCUUCCCCACGGACACAGGACACUCACAAAGAAACGUCACCGUUUGUAGCUAUGCUACAGACUCCUUUCUCCCUGCCCCUGGUGCCCUCCAGGCAGGCACGUGUGUCAGACCCUGCUGCCAGUGAGGUAAAGCCCGCUCCCCUGCAGGUCACGUCCUCUGGGCUGCAGCUUCUGCAGGCGGCGGAGUCACGGUCCCCGAGGUGUUUAAGGGAAGACCACGCGGCACUCGGUGCCAUGGCCUGGCUGACGCGGCGGUGCUCGGUGAGAGGUUUGCCUGGACGAUCCGGGUCCAGUGAUGCUGUUCCCAGUGCAGACAGACCCGAGCAGCGUUCGGCACACGCAGCCCUGGCAGAACCGAGCCUUCGCUGGGCUGGGGCCAGCCCGCAGAGCCCGGCUGCCCCUCCGGCCCGGCGCUCCCGCCCGCCGGCAGCUCCCAGCGGCGGCUCCCAGGGGCGGCGCCGGCGGGGCGGGAGCGGGAGGCGGGAGUGGAGCUGGGCCGGCCCCGGCAGGUGAAGGAAGGGGCGGGCGCGCCGACCGCGGCGGGGAUGAGCGGGCGGCGCGGCGGUGGCGGCUGCCCGCGGAGCUGAGCCGAGCCGGGCUGUGGCGGAGAACGAUGGCCUCGCAGGAGCAGGUCUGGCCAGUCCCAAUGAAGGCAAUUGGAGCACAAAACCUUCUGACAAUGCCUGGAGGAGUCACCAAGUCAGGGUAUCUUCAUAAAAAAGGAGGCACCCAGCUGCAGAUCCUGAAGUGGCCACUGAGAUUUGUGAUUAUCCACGAGGGAUGUAUCUACUAUUUUAAGAGCAGCACAUCUGCAUCUCCCCAGGGUGCAUUUUCUUUGAAAGGUUACAACAGGGUUAUGCGGGCAGCUGAGGAGACAACAUCAAGCAACGUGUUUCCUUUCAAGUUAGUUCACAUAAGCAAGAAGCACAGGACAUGGUUUUUUUCAGCUUCUUCUGAAGAUGAAAGAAAGAACUGGAUGCUAUCCUUGAGAAGGGAAAUUGAUCACUACCAUGAGAAGAAAGAAACAAUAACAGAAUUCAGUGACUCUGGUUCUGAUGUAGACAGUUUCUAUGGCUCAGUAGAACGUCCCAUUGACAUCAAGUAUUCCCAUCAUUCAGCAGAUAAUGAAGAUUACGACCAGGAGGAAGAGGAUGAGUCUUAUUUGCAGCCGGAUACUUCUGACAUAGUGAAAGAUGAUAUGGUGCUGCCCCCUGCGUACCCACCCCCGCCCGUUCCUCACGUCAGGAAAUCUCCCUACUCCGAGGCGAGGGCAAAUUCCUAUGCUGGCAAACCAAGUGCACCAGUACCACCUCCACCUCCUAAGAGAAGCUUACCUGAAAUCAAACUGGAGCCACCCCCUGUGCCCCCUUUACCUGUGUUCAAAAAGCCUGCAAGUGGCAAAGAGUCUCACCCACUGCCUCCAGAGCCUCUGCCUCCAGCCCAAGUUCCUGCUCCUCCAGAAGCGUGCGAGAAGCUAAAAAGCUUAAACCUUUCCCCACGGACUCCUCCUCCUCUGCCAGGCAAUAAACCCAAGUUGUCACAGCUUGCUGAGAAGCUAGCAGAGCCCAAAGUGCCGAGGGAACAUGGUAAACCUGGACUGUUUGUGCCACCAGUGCUCCCAAAGCCACCUGUGCCAAGCCACCAGCUCCCUGCAGUCAAGCCUAGAACAGAGAAAUCUUUAUGUCCCCAGUUACAAUCACCACCAGAUGGACAGAGUUUCAGAAGUUUUUCAUUUGAAAAACCAGCACUACCCGCCAAGCCAAGCCAACCUGAUGAUGACUCUGAUGAUGAUUAUGAAAAAGUUGGGCUGCCUGCUUCAAUAUUUCUUAAUACCUCUGAAUCCUUUGAAGUGGAAAGGAUAUUUAAAGCUAGUAGCCCACAAGGACAGCCACAAAAUGGAUUGUACUGUAUUAGGAAUUCAUCUACUAAGCCUGGAAAGGUAUUGGUUGUAUGGGAUGAACCUGCAGGAAAAGUGAGAAACUACAGAAUCUUUGAAAAGGAUGGCAAGUUUUACCUGGAUUCAGACGUCAUGUUUUUGAACAUGGGAAGUUUGGUGGAAUACUACAGCACUCAUGUCUUACCCAGUCAUGACAGCCUGAUUCUCAGGUGUCCUUAUGGUUACUCUAAGCCAAGGUGACAGGACAUGGUUCCCUGGCACCCUGCUGCCCCUGAGGACAGGACUCCUGCCACUGUUGGACAUCCUGCUGUUUGCACACACAAACUGAGUCUGUUUCCAUCGUUUAGUCUCACAUGAAUUGUUGUAUAAAUUCCAUUUAAGGAACUUCUGGUAAAACCUUAAAGUCCAGAUCAGCGGAUUUUAUGAUCAUUUCUUUUACAAAGAUCUGAACUGAUGAUGCUGUGAAAGCUGUCCAGGAUACCCACACCUUUUAUAAAACUGCUGCUAUUACUAAUCUCCUUGGAAUGUCGAAAAGGAACAUGAACAAAGAAGUGAUCUGAAUACAGCUGACCUAGGAAAUGGACACUUCUGAAAGUAUGUCAGAAUUUAUUUGUGACAGGGAAUACUAAUACUCUGACUUGGAGGAGCUACUCCUGAAGUCAGCAUUGGUGCUCAACUGAGAUAUUUUAUAUUACUUGUAUAGUUGAUGUGUACAUAAUGUAGAUUUCUGUGCUAAUUAUUUGAUUUACUAUAGGUAAAGAUAAUCAGGAAAUUAGGCUUUUUUUUAAGCCACUUCUUACAUCCUUGUACCUUCUGAGUACAGUAAUCACUAUCAGGUACUAUCUGGCUGAUAUGGGUGUGGUAUCCCACAUACUGCUUAAUGACAUGCACUUCAGGAAAGUUGGGAACAAUAUUGAUUUGGCUUUCGUGUGAUCCCCAUUACCCAUGGAAGGGUUCGUGCCACUGGUAUUUUUAAAGGGUAUGACAAAAGAUAAAGGGCUACUUCAAUUUUUAGGGGAAGGGAAGGGAGCCAUUUGAAUGUUCUAAAUUUCAAUUAGCAGUUUUAUCUCACGUUGUCAUAGUCAAAGGUUCUUUAAACAAAGCACAAAAGAAUACCUGAAACCAUGAUUGUGGUGCUAGUAUCGCUCCAUAAAUCCUUGUGGUCAGUCUCUUAGGAACAGGUUUUCAGCCUAUUGAAUUCUUUCUGUUCUAGGGCAAAACACACUACCCCAGUCUGCUACCACAAAUUUUUCCAUUUGUAGUAGAAUUUCUACUCAAUUUGUAGUUGCAUGCAAAACAAAAUGUGUUUUUAAUAUACAAUCAGUGAUAGACAUUACCAGGGUGCUUUUACCAUUUGUUCCCUAAUAUUUUGGGGACAGGUAUCCUAAAUCCAGGGGCUUGAUGUUUAUACCAAAAUUACUCUUGGAAAAGACAUUUAAUUUAAUAAUCUUUUAAGUAAUUCUAUUGAUCAAAAAAAUACUGUCAUAAUGGUCUCAUACUCUAAUAAUGUUUGCAGGGCUUGUAAUAAUAGUAAAGAAAAAAUACUGCCACUCCUGAAACAGAAUGUAACUAGAUUUUAUCAGUCUGGAUCUGUAUCAAUGAACUUUUUUUUUUUUACUGUUACCUUUUCAAAGUUUAUACAUGCCCAUUUUAAUCUUGUUACCAUUAGAUGGUCACAACUUUAAAAUCAUAGUAAGAAUUAAAUUUAAAAUCAGAAUAAGAAUUUGUUUUUUACAAAAACAGUAAACCUGGAUUUAGUCCCUAGGGAAUUUUCCUUACUCAUCAGAUGGAAUAUGAGGAUCUGAUCUGAGGGAUCAGGAUUUGAGGCAGGAAACUCUGCCUCCAUCUUUUCCAAGAGACACAGACAUUCACAGUAUCAGUCUUUUGAUCUCUGUUCCCACUGUAAUAGGGCUUACGUGUGUAAAGAAUGUGAAGUACAUAAAAUUCAGAUUCUGUUGAAUAUUGGAUAUUUUAGGUCUAGUUCCUUUGAUUUUAAAUUAGUAUCCUUAUAGUGCACUACCCUCUCUAAAGAAGGCUCAGCCAAGACAAUAUUUAAAAAACUUUUUUGGCAAAUAGUUAUAUGUAUAUCAGAGUAAGUUCAAGUUUCUUGCUGUAUUCACACCUAACUAUCUACAGAGUAAGGGAAUAACUGACUUCAUUGUGUCAUGACAGUCAUAUUUAUAGUAUGCUCUCUUUGGGACCCUAUUCAGAUAUUUGAUUCUUUUCUCAACCUUCCACUCAGAAGAUUUUUAAAUUGUAAACACACAUUUAAACCAUAACACGUUCUUUACCUGAGUAAUACAAGAGUUGCAAAUAUGUAAAUUUUUGUGAUAAUUCCCUUUUGUAUCUAAAUGUGUAGAUUUCUGAAAUGGAUAAACUUUCAAAGCCAGUCCACCUCAUUUUGUGCAGUUGUCUUUAAUUUCAUGGGGGUGUGUUCUAAUGCUUUUGUUUAUAGCUAUGUUCUUCUAAUAGUGGAGUUAGAGGAAUUAAUUUUCAGUGCCCCUAAGAAGCAAAUCUUCAUGUUCUAAACAAAUCUGCAAUCAUUUACACUCUUCUGUCCUCUUGCUCCUAAAAAAGACUAGUCUAGUCUUUUUUAAUAACAAAUCAGGUGAGUUUCUGGUGUUUGUAAGGAGGAAAGACACAGCUCGAAUGCAUGGCUCAGUAUCUCCUGUAUUUCUCACUAAUCUGCCUCUCCUCAUUCCUUCACCACAAAGCAGCCUUUACAUCUACAGCCUAUUACAAGCUCCUUAGCUUUAAAAUAGUUGGUAGGGAACUGUAAAAGCAGCAUUUGAUGCACAUAAAGAAUGUAGUUAAUGAAUUUUGUACUAUCCAAGUCAAAAUCAUUCAUACUUGUUUGGAAGAAGUCUGGCUUCUUGUGACUGAACCUCCAGAUAAAA